AUGCUGAGCACGGAAAGUUUCACAGGGGCGAGAGCCCUGGGAGAGGAGUCGCUACAGAUGUGGGACCUCAACAAGCGGCUGGAGGCAUAUCUGGCCCGCGUGAAGUUCCUGGAGGAGGAGAACGAGGUGCUGCGAGCUGAAAUCCAGAGCGCCAAGGGCAGCCCGGCCGGGGACUCGUGGCGGGUGAAGUACGAGGAGGAUCUGCGAGCCCUGCGGGAUGCGCUGGAUCACGCCUUCAGGGAGAAGUGCACGGCCGAGCUGGCCAGGGACAACCUCUACGAGGAGGUCCAGCAGGUGAAAAGCAGGUGCCAGAAGGAGCAGGCAGCCCGAGAAGAGGCCAAGAAGCAGCUGUCCUUGAGCAGGAAGGAGCUGGAGGAGGAGAGGAGAGCGCAGAUCUGGCUGAAGGAGAGAGCCGUGCAGCUGGAGAAGGAGGUGGAAGCCUUGCUGGAGGUGCACGAGGAGGAGAAAGCGGGGCUGGACCAGGAGAUCGCGAGCUACUCCCAGAGCCUGGAGAGCUUCCGCUGUGCACCGGUGGCUUUCCAGCCCGUGGAGGUGGAGGACUAUUCCAAGAGGCUCUCAGAGAUCUGGAAAGGGGCAGUGGAGACCUACAAGACGGAGGUGUCGCAGCUGGAGGGCUCCCUCUGCCAGGCCAAGGAGAACCUGUGGAAAGCAGUGGAGGACAACCAUAAGAGCCAGCUGCAGCUGCAGCACCUGGAGAAGGACCUGGCGGGGCUCAAAGUGCGGAAGGAGAUGCUGGAGGAGAGCCUGGCCCAGCAGUGGCAGGAGCAGCGUGGGGAGGCAGAGAAGUUCCAGCUGGCGAUGGAGGCCCUGGAGCAGGAGCAGCAGAGCCUGCGGGUGCAGAUCGCCCGGGUGCUGGAGGACAGGCAGCAGCUCAUGCACCUCAAGAUGUCCCUCAGCCUGGAAGUGGCGACCUACAGGACGCUGCUGGAAGCGGAGAGCACCCGCCUGCAAAUGCCAGCCGGGGAAUUCAGACUGGUCAACGGCGUGCGAGAUCUCAAACUGGAGGCGAGCAGCGGCAGCAAACUGGUACCAGCAAGCCCUGAGCCCAGGCGGCUGCUGCCCCGGGACCACGGCGCCAGCCCCUCUGUCUUCCCCAGGGCAGAGGGGAGGGGUCAGCCAGCAAAACCUCAGAGCGACGCCCUGACACCCAAAAGCCAGAGCCCCGAUGCCAGGGAGCUCCAGAAAAUCAGCUCAGUCCUCCACGGCACAGUUGCUGGCAGGGCUGGGCGCCCGGGUGCCCCCGGCUGCCCCACACCGAGCCCCUCCCAAGCUGCCCCUCCUCUCUCCCCGGAGCCCCCCAGCCCCUCCCCACCGGAGCCGGGGAGCCCAGGGGGAGAGGGUCCCGCCUGGCCGGGGGGAGCCGGGGGGGUGACGAGCCGAGGGACGGAGCAUCCCCUGCCCGGAGCAGCCAACACAGAGAGCCCCGAGGACGGGGUGAAGCCCCCCGGAACGGCGCCCACCCGCAGCCUGCAGUACCCGGCCCAGCUGGUCAGCCACGCCCUGCAGGACGCGCUCAAGGAAGUGGAAGACGAUGCUCAGCCCGAGGAAGAGCCCACCCUCAACGCCUCCGAGGGCUCUGGGGACGGUGAUGGCCCCGAAGUGGAGGAGAGGGCUGGGGCAGCCGAGCUCCAGGGGCUGGGUGUGGAGAGCAGCAUCCUGGGGGACAGAGCCACGUCCCCCCUGGGCACGGCCCUGAGUGACACAGUGAGACGGGAAGAGAUGGGAGCGUGGGAGGAGGAGGAGGUGCCUGCUGGGCUGAGCCCAAGGGAUCCAGAGGCAGAGGUCCAGGAAGAGGAUGUGAGUGGUCCUGGACAGACAGCGACCAGCUGGGAAAAACCAGGGCAAGAGGAGGAUGGGGAAGAGACCCCAAGCACGGAGCCAUCACAACCCUCAGAAGAUGAGGAGGAGAGGGGACUCCGCAGUCCCUGUCAGGAGGACGGAGAUUUCCAUGGAGAAGGAGGGGAUGAGCCAGAAGAGGAGUCUCCAGAUGGGGAAGUGGAAGCUGUUCGUGCUGUCCUCAUGGAAAGCCACCUGGUUUCACCCACGAAGAGUCACCUGGAAGAGGAUUUUGUUGAUGCAGAGCAGGAAAAUUCUGAGCAUCAGAAAAUUACUGCAUGUGAGACAGAGGCUGCAGAGCAGGAAAGGGGACAGGAGCUGUGCCCAGAGCAGGAGCCCUCGACUGUCCAUGAGGCCAUCCCAGCAGAGGAGGCUUCAUCAGGAGCUGAAGAAGAUGCUGUGGGAGGGGAGGACACAGGCAGAGUGAAAGAUGGAGAGGAUCCCGAGGCAGGAGAGACUUCAGGAGGUGACACCCUGGGGUGGGAGAGCAGAGCCCCAGAGGAGCCUGAGGACCUGCAGGAAGCCAGAGCUUCUGUGGAAGAGGGUGGGGAACAGGAGCUGGAGCUGGAAGAGGAGUCCUGGGGCAAGGGGGAUGAUGGCAAUGGCCAAGAGCCCUGUCCAGGGGACUGGGAGGUGACAGCAGAGGACACAGAGGGGGUUUUGGGCACAGAAGAGUCAGCCUGGGCUGAUGACACUCCGUCCAGCACAGGAAGGCUGGAAAGUGAGGAGAGAGAUGGCACAUCGCCAGCAGAGCUGGAGGAAGCCCAGGAAGACGAUGAAGAAGAUGCCAAGAGCCAGGGGAUGAGCCAGCAGCAACCACUGCCAGAGGCUGAGCCAGCAGCGGAGCUGGCAAGGCAGGAGCAGGAGGGCACUGCAGGGCAGCCUGACCCAGCCACCCCACAUGCCCCUGGGCGAGGGGACAGCCAGGAGCCGGCCGAGGCUCCCGAGGAGCCGUGGGAGGUGCAGGGUGAGGAUGCUGAAGAGGGGCUCGGCUCAGAGCUGGGGCAGCCAGAGAGCAGCAGCUCCGGCCUCGAGGCACUGCAGGAGGUGUCAGGUGAGGGCACAGAGAGCAGUGAGUGGGCGGAGGAGGAUUUUGGGAGAUCGGGAGACUCGGAGCCCAUCCCAGGCACCGGCAGGAGGGUGGAGCUGGAGGACACCCUGCCGGACAGCACACCCUUGCACCUCUACGAGGGGGAGAUGCUGGCUGGGGGUGCACCCAGCCAAACCCCCCCAGAGACUGAGGAGACCACGGAGACAGACCCUGUGACCGAAACAGCUCCGGAGGGGGAAGAGUGGCUGGGAGGGGGGGACAAGCCACUGACUCCCACCAUGCCAGAGAGCCCUGAAGAAGAGGCAGAGGCAGAGGUGGCCCCUGUGGCAGAGGGUGCUGAGGAGGAGGAAGGAUAUUUCAUGGUCUCUGCUCCCAGCCAAGAGGUGUCCAGCUCGGAGGAAGCUGAGAUCUCUGAGGACUUUGAAGAAAUUAAAGUGGAAGCAACUGAAGGCAGCCAAGGUGACCUGGGAGCUCCCAGAGAAGCAUCUCCAGUGCCAGAGGGCAAAGGGCACCUCCAGACUUUUGUUGGGGAAGCAGAAGAAGACAUGGAGAUGCCCACAGAAGAACCUGAGAAGCCACAGGAUGAGGAGGAGGAUGGCACUGCUGAGCUGGAGGAAGGCCCAGCUAUGCCUGAAGCAGAUCCCAGCAGCCCCGGGGCCAUGGGACCAUUAACAGGAGGCACUGACCAGCCAGCCCAGGGUGCCACAGGCACCGGAGCACAGGAGGGACCCGACCACUCUGAGGGUUUGGCUGCCGAAUGGGAUGAGGAGCUCCAUGGCACGGUGGAGCUGGAGAGCGAUGCCAAGCUCCAGGCCCAGGCGGUGCCGGAGCAGGCGGAGCAGCCGUCGGAUGAGCAGCCGCCCGUGGAGGAGGAAGCACCAGACAGUGACAGCCCCCCCUCAGCAGGGGAUGAGCAGCCCCCCGAGGCCGACCCACCCCGGCCGGGCUCUGCACUGGAGCAGAGAGGUUUUCCAGAGGUGAUCACAGACAUCCCUGACACAGCUCUUCUCCCGCCAAAGGUGCCCGUGGAUGUCAUGAAGGACUCCGAUAUUUUGGAAAUAGUUGAGCAGGCCCUGGAGUUCAACCAGGAGCUGGUGAUGGGGGCGAGGGCGGCCGAGGGAGGGCAGCAGGGUCCUGGCAGGACCGAGCUCCCCCAGGAUGCUGGGGAAGACUCCUCACCGGCCUCGUCCAGCGAGGAGGAGCCGACGGUGCAGGAGGCGCCGGAGCCCGAGGGUCGGGCUCGGGCUGCGAACGGGCUGCACCGGGAGGCCAGUCUGGAGGACCUGGCCGAGUUCACCGAGGAGGUGCUGAACGGCAUUGCCAGCAUGGCCCCGGCACAGGAGUUCCCCUCGGGGGCCGCAGACCCCUCCGUGGGGAUCACCCGGAGCCAGGAGCCAACAGCCCCGGCCGCUGUUCCUGCCCGGCCCGGGCAGGAUGCCCACGGGACAGCCCGCGGCUCCCGGGAGCUGCGGGAACCCCGGAACCACGGUGGGGACCCCGGCAGAUGA